AUGGUAGUCAGCCGCCUGCACGGCGGCAAUACCGGGAGCAGCUGCCGCCUGCAGAUGGCUUUGGCUGCGAUGUUGGGCACCGUGCUGCUGUGUACGGUGAUGAGCAAGGGUGCCAUCCCGGCAGACACUCUUUCCUUCCGCGGCAACGUCAAAGUUUUGGUUGGCUGGGUUGGCCACGACUUCAAUGAGGGACGCCCGCCCUCGGGGCUCUCCCUUGAGGAGGCGACCAAGGUGGCAUCCGACAACUUUGGCAACCUGAUGUGGGCCCUGGGCGCUCGCCAUCUGGUGGACCACAAUGCCACCGAGCUGGUCAACCUGCUUCGGCCGCCAUUCACUCUGCCUGGCGUGCACGCCGUCCUCAUGCCCACCGCCAACCUGCUGACCAACCUGAGCAUGUACAAGUAUUUCCAGGGCUACACCAAGGUCAUUGCCACCAUCGCCCGGGCCCAGCCCCCGGAUACCCCUAUUCUGGUGAUCGGCAUUGGCACCCAGGUGCAGUUUGAUGACCUGCGCCCUUCCAGCACCGGCACUGAGGCAGCAAGGUUGGAUGUCUCACGCGCCAGCGAGGUGCAGCUUCCCCCGGAGCAAGUCAGCUUCCUUAAACGGGUGCUGGCAUCUGGCGGCAUCAUCACGACGCGGGGCAGGCUCACUGCCGCUGUUAUAACAGCCAGUGGCCUGCCCCCACCGCUGCCCCUGGGCUGCCCCAGCCUGUUCCUUAAUCACAACCCGCGGCUGGGAGCAAGACUUCAGCAGAAGUGGGACGCGGUUCUUCGGCAGCGUGACCCCAACUUGCGGCUUGCCAUCACGAUGCCGGCAGUUCCUGGCGAGUUGGAAGACUUUUUCAGACCGAUAGUCCAGAUGCUCUCGGAUCGAAUCUUCAAGGUGUUCCCCAACAGCGUGGCCAUCCUGCAGACCAAGCGCGAUAUUGACACGCUGGAUUGGUUCCAUGAGCGGCACGAUUUGUAUUUGCGGGAGGGUCGGGUGCGUUACUACUACGACCCCCAGUCCUGGUUUGACAGCCUCAAGUCGUCCUUUGACUUUGUGUUUGGCUUCCGCAUCCACGGCACCAUGGCGGGCGUGGCGUCCGAGGUGCCUGGCCUCGUCAUUGCCACCGACCUGCGGAUCAGGGAGCUCGCCGAUUCGAUGAUCAUACCGACCAUUGACAUGGACAAAGCCAACCUCAAGCCUGAGUCCUUUGACCUGUUUGAUUUCAUUGAGUCGGUGCCCAGCUAUGGCAACAAGUUUGAUGCGCGGCGGCGGGAGGUGGCCAAGGUGUAUGCACGCGAGUUCAAGCGGCUGGGCGUCCCGCUGAACCCGGGCAUUGCUAGCAUAGCACGCCUUAAAGAUUCAGAAUUGGCAGCCGAGGAGGAAUGA